AUGCGCACUAGUAUCCUCGGCCUAGGCGGGCCGGAGGCGAGGGCGCUGUCCGCGAGCUCGACGGCGCUGCGCGGAAUUUUACAGCGCGUCCCGCCGACGACGCUCUCGAUGCUCCCCAACGGCGUCCGCGUCGCGGUGGAGGCCCACCCACUCGCACGGAUCGCCACUGUCGGGCUUUGGCUGGACGCCGGGACGCGGGACGAGGACUCGGCCUACGCCGGUACCGCGCGCGCGCUGCAAAGGUGCGGUCUUUUCGGCACCGAGCGGGGCGGCCACAGGCAGCUUAAAGCAGCAGUGGAUCGCCUUGGCGGCCAGCUCGGCCUCACCGUCGGGCGCGAGCGGAGCUACCUCUACCUGAACGUGGAGAAGACGGGAGUGAAAGAUGCCGUUGGCGUUCUCGCAGACAUCCUUCGAAACACGGACCUCAGCGAUGAGAACCUCGCAAGGGCGAAGGAGGAAGCACGGGCAGAUUUACGGCGGUUCGAGGAGAACCCGCAGGAACUCGUGAUGGACAACCUGCACCGCUGCGCCUACGGCAGCACCAGCCAUGGCCUGGGGACGCCGCUCUACGGAAACGAGGAAGGGAUUGGGUUGAUCACGCGCGAGCAGUUGAAUUCAUAUCGUUCUAGGUUUUUCACCGGAAAACGCGUCGUUGUCGUAGGUACUGGCUGCGUCGAUCAUACCGAGCUCGAAGAGUCAGCGCGGGAGUACUUAGGGGAUCUCGUUCAGGGAAGCCAAUGCAUUCCUGACGUCCCAUCGAGUGAAUUCGUUGGGGGGGAGUAUCGUCUGUGGAAUAUGCGCUAUAAUACGGUGAAUGUUGCGUGGGCCUUUCAAACGUGCGGCGCGGCCUGCGGUGAUAUCGUGCCGCUCUCUCUUGCCAGCGAAAUCCCAUGGUCCUUCGAGGACUUCCAGGACGACAUUAGCUCAAACGCGGUGAAUCAUAUCCUCAAGGUCUUCUCCCCUCUGCAUAAUUCGGAGAAGAUGAAGGAAAAAAUUAAUCAACAUGGCAUCAAAGUCGUCAAUUCGUUUAUAGAAACCUAUAAAGAUGUGGGGCUCUGUGGUAUGUACAUAGUGGGAAGUGCCGCACAGAAGAACCAUAAGAACGCCGGUGUCACUGUUGAGGUUAUGCACCAUACAAUAUCACAGUGGUGUCGUUUUGCGCAGUUAAAGCUGCCGGAAGACGAGCUUGAGAAGGCAAAGAUUAAUCUCAAAUUUCAGCUCCUCCUUGCCAUGGAUAACAACACCGAGUCUGCGAAGGAUAUUGGGAAACAAAUCCUCCAGAUCGGCAGACGGGUUCCACUUCUUGAGAUGUAUGAUCGCAUCGAUAGUACGACCGCCACAGACAUCCAAGGUGCCUUAAUGAGAUACUUCUACGGCACCAAACCAGUUUUUAGUUACUUAGGAUGCCUUUCACACACCCCAAACUACGAGUGGACUCAGUAUUGGACCUGCAAACACUGGUAUUAG